AUGGAAAAGAUUAAGGCAGAGAGGACAUUAGCGCGUCGUAGGUUCUCAUUGUGUGCUCAAAAGUUGGAAGGGCUAUUGGAGAGCAACGACGAAUUUAUCCCAGCCGAGUUUGAGAACCUGAAUAAAUUAUUCGACAUACUUACACUGACGCAGAAUAAAAUUGUUAGUGUAUGGCUCGAUGAUGAUAAUCGUGAUGAAGAACAAUUCAAUAAAGAUAUCGAUGAAGCUGAUAUCUAUGACUCACGUUACUAUAUGUUGAAGCAAAAGGCAAGUAAAUUUUCUAUUUCUCCACCGAAGUCAGCUGUCAAUAAAAUAGAAGAAAGUCAGUUGUCGUCAAAAACAAAUGGCAAUAGACACUUUCACCUUCCAAAGCUUGAACUUCCGAGGUACAAUGGGGAGAUCAGGAAUUGGUUGAGGUUCUGGUCCCAGUUCAAAAAGAUACACCUUGAUGACCAGAUUGAUAAUGAUGACAAAUUCCACUACCUGCUUCAAUGCAUGGAAACAGGGUCAGUAGCGAGAGAAUUCUUAGAAAGUUUUCCACCAUCAGGCGAGAAUUAUAAUGUAGCCAUAGAACAACUUAAGUAUCGGUUUGCCAAAGAUGAAAUGAUAAUAGAAUACUAUGUGAGAGAGUUACUUAAUCUGGUUCUAGCACAGGCAAAAGGUGUACAGAAGGGGUCAAUUCGUACAUUAUAUGACGCGCUGACGACACAAAUUUUGGCACUCGAAUCUAUGGGAGUAACCCAGGAGAAGUACUCAUCUUUUUAUUACCAUUGGUGGAAUCCUCAUUACCUGAAGAUAUAUUGA